GCGAGCACCGCUUGGUUUCCGUCACCGCUGCAGUCUGCGGUCAUGAGACCCAAAAUAAUACCUAACUUGUGGGAAUUUAUCAAAAGAAAACUUGCGCUUUGUGUAUUUUUAGCACAUAUUUGCGCGUGAUGGCGAUGUUUUAAGCGAAGUUCGGAGGAUUGCGUUUUCAGAAGAGAGGAUUAUAUCAUUUCCUGAGAAUUUGACAGUUGCCUGCCGGCUGGCAACUGUUGUUUUGUUUAUCUCACGCCAGGCUUCACAGCGUAACGAGCCAUGUCUCGUCGAAGCUCUCGCCUGGUGUCCGGCGGGUACUACAAUUCAGAUGAAGAAUCUGAUUCAAGCAGUGUGACAACCAUUUCCUACAGAGAAAACCCUGUCAAGGUUUUCAAGAAGAAGUCAGGGAAUCGGAAAUCUGGCUCUCGAACCCCCACUAGAGCCAACAACAAUGCUAGUUGUGUUAGCCCUGAGGCACCUGUCACUGCAGGUGUGAGUCUGACAAGUAGCACCUCGAGCAGUCAGACUCCGCCCACCAUGAGGACCGUACCUUACACCCCCACCACGGCCACCCCUCGGCCCGCCUUGGCUCCAUCACCCUCCCGUUGUCAGACGCCCGCACGGUGCUCCUCAGCCACCCCAGAGCAGAGCCCUCGCGCUGGCCUCUUCAGCUCCGGUGCGCCGGCUCUUCACUGCAGAGCCAACAACAAGGAGCUGGGCCAAAGCGGCGUGGACAGCUCGGGGUACUCGUCGUCUGAGGGCACCUACAGGAAGCCGUUACCAGUCACCGGUAAAACCAGCGGCACCGGCAGUGGGGCUCCCAGUCCUGGAUACAGAAGCAGAGUCAGGAGUGCCUUUUCCAGUUUGAUGGAUUCAGCCUCAGUAAUGGCUGUUGUGUUACAUUUGAAAAUGCUUCAUCUGAGAGAUUCAGCUAAUAAGUCGCUCAGUAACAGGAUGAAGAAGGCCUGUGUUCUGGUUCUGCUCCUCUUCUUCUUACUUCUAUGCAUUUGGUUGCUCUUCCCUUUGUUCACCUCUUUCAUCUCCCACACGACUGUCACAAAGACCCCAUCACUGACAGAACCCCAGAGUCAACCAGUUACCCCCACCAGUCUUCCUCCUCCCAACAUCCUCCAUUCACCUGUGGAUCCUGCUGUCAUAUCUGCUGCUGUAGAAGCAAAGAUGCAACAUUUUCUGGUGGAACUUCAGCUUAAGCAGGAACAUCUUCUCUCUCAGAUGAGGGCGAGACAAGAGCUGGAUGUGAAAGUUAUGAGAGCCAAGCUCGAGGCGGUGGACUCAGACAUCCGGCGGCAUGUGGAGCAGGAGGUUUCUGGGCUGGACAAGCAGAUAGCAGAAUACCAGACGGACAGCCGCUCUGCUGCUACAAGUCUCAGCCUCAAAAUCCAAACUUUGGAGGCCCAGAAUGCCAAGCUGUCCCAGGAGUUGUCAUCCAUCCAGCAGAUGCCUCCUCCGACCCCGUGUCCUGACAUCAGCGAGCCUCCCAUCAAAAAUCAGCUCACCCCAGAGCUCCAACAGGCCAUGGAGAAAUGGCUCUCUGAUCGCAUUAAGCAGCAGGAUGUGAUCAGGCUGGCUGACAAAGGAAGCUGCACAGAGUGUGGGCGCCCCAUGGCCGACAAAAUGGCCGACUUUGCUCUGGAAACGCAAGGGGCCAGUGUUGUCAGCACCAGGUGUUCAGAGACGUAUCGUAUUCGCUCAGCCUGCGUGACUCUUUUCGGUUUUCCUCUUUGGUAUCCCUCUGAAAGCCCCCGCACUGUUAUCCAGGGUUACCAAGUCCUGCUGCCAGGGAAGUGUUGGGCGUUCCACGGGGUCCAGGGCACUCUUGUGAUUUCUCUGUCACAUCCCAUCAGGAUAACCCAUGUGACUCUGGACCACCUGCCUCGCUACAACUCCCCCACCGGCCGCAUCGACUCUGCUCCCAAAGACUUUGAAGUCUAUGGGAUGAAAAACGACACCGAAGAAGGAACACUGCUCGGGACGUUCACCUAUAAUGAAGAUGGAGAAUCAACUCAGACUUUUGAGCUGCCUAAGCCGAGCGAUGUGGUUUAUCGGUUCGUGGAGCUGCGAGUUCUCAGUAACUGGGGUCAAGUCGAAUACACGUGUCUUUACCGCUUCCGYGUCCACGGAAACAUCAUCUCAACAUGACUGUCCAGUCACAUUUAAUGUCUGCUUUUAUGGUCAGCGGUGCGUUCAAGACCAAACGCUACCGAAAUAGUGUUAAGAUUUGUUACACAUGUGACACAGUUGUACGGUAUGUAUAGAAACAGGUUUUGGUACAACAACAGUAAAAUAAAUAUUUUUACAUUUUAACAGUCUUUUGUGCAGUGCACAUUUAGAUUGCAACAAUUACAGAAAAAAGGUCAAAAAAAGUGUGUCUGAAAAUCAAAAGUGUGAGGUUCAGGUAACUUUGCUUUCAAUCAUGAGUGUGCCACUUUAAAACGUAUUUAUAUAGUUAUUAUCUAUUAUAUUUAUAUUUUCAUGCUGGAACAGCCUUCUCAGAGGUACUUUUGACAAGUGAGAGAAAGAAUAAAGUUUCAUCUUUAUUCAUCCUGUUUCCRAUGAGGCUUCAAGGUUUUUAAAUAACAGCUGGUUGUUGAUGUCCCUCUAUGAAUAAUAAAAAAA